GAAGAAGAAGUCAGUGUUGGCAGGCGGGGGGCCAGCGACCAAUCCGCUCGGUAUCUCGACCAUUUCCCCCGUCAAAUCUGAACAUCUUGCCCAAUCUCCGUCAAUGCCUGGACAAAGCCAGCCGUCUCAUCGGAAGAGACGUGCCCGCUGUCCCGGCGCAGCAUGUUCAGGCCAUCCGUCCAAUCAGCCCAACGCGACUGGUCGGGUGCAACUUGAUCAGCCAGCGAUCCUUGAUGAGCACUGAGCAGGGAAAAUGACAGCGGCGAUGCGGUCGGCGGUGAGGUCGGCGG